AUGGCAGACCCAGAAGUCCGAGUCGAAGCUACGCCAACGGAGGACACACCGGCGGAUGAUGUCGCCAUGGCAGACGACGGCGACGAAGCCGAGGCGAAAGCAGGAGACGGAGAAGAGGUUUCGACACUCCCUCAAGCAGAGGCGCCGAAGCGGGCAACAUUUUUAGACUACCUCAAGUCUCCAAUGGUGGAGCUCGUCCUCGGCACCGGCUCCGACCAGGCCGUCCUAACAGCGCACCAAGCCAUGCUCGUUAAAUCCCCCUACUUCGCCGACGUCUGCGCGCAAUUCAGCGAAGGCUCCAAGCGCCGCAUCGAGCUCCCCGACGAAGACCUCAACGCAACCGGCUCCUUCCUCGAAUACCUCUACAUGGACGAGUACUUCCCGCGGCGGCUCAACAGCCACAAGGACUCGCCGCUGGAGCCCGACGACAGCGUGCCCACGCCCGACGACUCGGGCGCCGCGCUCCUCAAGCACGCCAAGGUGUACACCAUCGCCGAGAAGUUCGGCAUGCCGGCCCUCAAGUCCCUCGCGCACUCUAAGAUCCACCGCGCCACCUCCACUGCCAAAGGCGAGAUCGCGUACGCGCGAUACGUGUAUGAUAAAACGAGCGCCAGCGACGAAACCAUCAGGAAGCCCGUCGCGGCGUUCUGGGCUACGAGGAGCCAUGUGCUGCGCCACGAGGCGGAAGCGGAGUUCAGGGCUAUGUGUCUCGAGUAUCCGCAGUUUGGCUUUGAUGUGCUGAGUCUGGUGCUUGAUAUGAAGGAGAAGAGGGGGGAGAGACAUGAGGGCUCGAGUCAGCAGCCGCCGGCGAGUGGGCGGAAGAGGGCCCGGGUCAGUCAGGGGUGA